AUGACGGGCGAGCAUCUGCAGAAGACUGCACAGCGGGGCAGGGAUUGGGCUGGGCAUCCAAACCCCAUCGAUCACCAUCGACGACUCCGGACUGCGUACUGUUUACGACUACGACUACGAACGACAACGACCCUGACUGGCAGCCCACUAUCGGGUCGCGCGACCCUGGCGCUAUCCCCCGCUAAGGCACAGAACCUGGACGACGACCAGGCCUGCUGCAAGCCCGAGGAUUGGGAAGCGCCGAAGGGGAGGGGCGUGAUGGGCCAAAAAUAA